UUGUAACGUCGCCAUUCCGGGAGCCUCAGCGCAAACUGCAUGCGACAGGCCACAAAAGACAAUCAUAACUCCUUUCGGGACAAGUGUCGGCUCGUGUGUUGUGGAAUUCACCUUGACGUCAGCAUACCAAGCCAUGUUUGAAGCCUUGCUCCUAACUGCCAUUGUUACGCUUGCUACAUGGUUCGUAAUACAACGCAAGAGACGGCUGUCAUUUUUUAAGGACCUCGGAAUCCCGGGACCUCCUCCAAGCUUUCUUUCAGGAAACCUCUCUGAAAUUAUACAGAAGGGAACUCUGGUCAAAUACAAGGAAUGGUUGGACAAAUACGGAGACAUAGUAGGUUUCUACAAUGGUGGCCAUUCGUUUCUUAUUGUGAAAGAUCCUGAGCUAAUUAAGAAGAUCCAGAUAAAGGAUUUCAACAAUUUUACAAGCCGAGGAAUUUCGUCAGGCUUUGCGAGGAGCCACCCGAUCAACAAACAAAGCUUGGUCAACGCCGAGGGCGACCGCUGGAAGAAAAUGCGCAGCCUAAUCACGCCAGCCUUUACGACGAGGAACAUGAAAAAGAUGGUGAGCCUAAUGGACGACGCCAGCAACGAGCUCCUCGAUGUGAUCGAGGCACUGCGGUCGAAGCACAAAGCCAUCGAGUUUCGUGAGCUCUUCCAGAGGCUAACGGCCGACGUUAUCAUUCGAUCAGCGUUUGGCCUAAAAUCCAAUCUGCAGCAGAAAGGCCGAACCAACAGCAGUACUGAGUCACUGUUUCAGGAGAGCUUGAAUACCAUUCAGCAAUUUCGUCGUGCAUGGAUAAACUUCUUUACGGCGUGCUUUCCGGAGCUUACCUGGUUGUGGAGAAUAAUCAUAUCAUACAGUUCCGGCCAUACCAAGACUGCUGCAGACCAGGCUUUUGACGAAGUUGCUCCUAUCGUAAAGUUCCGUCGUGGAAACCGUGAGAAAGAUAGAAGCGAUCUUCUGCAGCUGAUGCUCAAUGCCGAAGUUGAGGAUGGAGCUCCCGUCAACGUACAUUCACUCACGGCAUCCGACGAUGCUGAUGGUGCAUGCCAAGAGGACCAGCCUGUCAAAGCUAAUGACAGCGGGAAGAAACACGUUCUGACAAAUACGGAAAUUAUGGCGAAUGGCUUCACUUUCUUCAUAGCAGGGUUCGAGACGACGGGCACAGCUCUGGCUUUUACAUCCUAUCUCCUUGCGAAACACCAAGAUAUUCAAGACCACCUUAGAGAAGAAGUCCUUGCCGUCCUGAAGAGAGAUGGAGCGUUUUCGUACGACAACGUUUUGAACAAAUACAUGGACCAAGUUAUAUCGGAAUCACUUCGAUUUUUUUCGCCAGUAGUAGGCUUCACGACAAGAAGAUGCGCGAGGGACUACGUCCACAAUGGUAUCACUAUACCUGCUGGAACCAGCAUCGUUAUUCCCAACCAUCACAUGAGUCAUGACCCAGCCUUCUGGAAGACACCUGACAAUUUCGAUCCAGAAAGGUUCAGCCCUGAAAACAAACACCAGGUUGAUCCCGUUGUGUACCAGCCUUUUGGUCGAGGACCUCGGAACUGCGUCGGGAUGCGCUUCGCUCAGCUCGAGAUGAAACUAACCUUGGCCAAGCUAAUGGCGAAAUACAAGCUUUCUCUGGACGACCGUCACAUCAAGGAGAAAGAGUUGAAGCUUGAAUCUACCUUCAUCUUGGCGUACCCUCCGGAUGGCGUUUGGCUCAAGGUCGAAAGAGUUUGAAUUUAGAUCCUCCAUUUUUGAUGGAGUCACAGCAGAGUUCGACAGAAAAUAAUUUAGAAAAGUCGUGUGUUCUCUCAACACAUUGCCCAAUUUAUCAGAAAAUAAACUGGCCACUUUACA